AUGUGUGGCUUAGAAAAACAAAAGACUAAAAACCAAUGUCUCAGAUUGUUCUUGUUUCAUAUACUAUGUAUAAUAUUAAUAUAUCUUUAUUUGUCUUUUGUUGCAGGAUUUAUUUAUACAUGUGGUGGAACUUUAAAAGGACUUAAUGGCACUAUAGAAAGCCCUGGUUUUCCAUAUGGAUAUCCAAAUGGUGCAAACUGUACGUGGGUAAUAAUAGCAGAAGAACGAAAUAGAAUACAAAUCGUUUUUCAAUCAUUUGCUCUAGAAGAAGAAUAUGACUACUUAUCCUUAUAUGAUGGACAUCCUCAUCCUACAAACUUUAGGACAAGGUUAACAGGAUUCCAUCUGCCACCACCCGUGACAAGUACCAAAUCUGUGUUCUCACUACGUUUGACCAGUGAUUUCGCAGUUAGUGCUCAUGGGUUUAAAGUAUAUUAUGAAGAAUUGCAGAGUAGCUCUUGUGGAAACCCAGGAGUUCCACCCAAAGGUGUAUUAUAUGGUACAAGGUUCGACGUGGGAGACAAGAUUCGCUACAGCUGUGUAACUGGAUAUAUCCUCGAUGGCCACCCUCAACUGACCUGCAUAGCCAAUUCAAUUAAUACAGCCUCUUGGGAUUUUCCUGUUCCCAUCUGUAGAGCUGAGGAUGCAUGUGGAGGAACAAUGAGAGGAUCCAGCGGCAUAAUUUCAAGCCCUAGCUUUCCAAAUGAGUAUCAUAACAAUGCUGAUUGCACUUGGACCAUUGUAGCAGAGCCUGGGGACACCAUUUCACUCAUAUUUACUGAUUUCCAAAUGGAAGAAAAAUAUGAUUACUUAGAAAUAGAAGGUUCUGAGCCCCCUACAAUAUGGUUAUCUGGAAUGAAUAUACCACCUCCAAUUAUCAGCAGCAAAAACUGGCUCCGACUGCAUUUUGUUACAGACAGCAAUCACCGAUACCGUGGAUUUAGUGCUCCAUAUCAAGGUUCUUCUCCAUUGACCCACACUACCUCCACUGGUGAGUUAGAGGAACAUAACAGGACUACUACUGGUGCUCUUGCUGUUGCUAGCACAUCUGCAGAUGUUACUGUAUCCAGUGUUACAGCUGUCACCAUCCAUAGACUUUCCGAGGAACAGCGAGUGCAAGUUACGAAUCUCAGAAAUUCAGGUCUGGACCCCAACACGUCCAAGGACGGGCUUUCACCUCAUCAAGCAGAUACACAAAGUACAAGCAGAAGACCAAGAAAUGCUGAACAGAUAGAAAGAACUAAAGAGCUUGCAGUUGUUACUCAUAGAGUGAAAAAGGCCAUAGAUUUUAAAUCUAGAGGAUUUAAAUUGUUUCCAGGGAAAGACAACAGCAACAAAUUUUCUAUCUUAAAUGAGGGAGGUAUUAAAACGGCUUCCAAUUUAUGCCCAGAUCCAGGAGAACCAGAAAAUGGGAAGAGAAUUGGAUCAGACUUUAGCCUUGGAUCUACUGUGCAAUUUUCUUGUGAUGAAGAUUAUGUCCUACAAGGUGCAAAGAGCAUCACUUGUCAAAGAAUAGCUGAAGUCUUUGCUGCUUGGAGUGACCACAGGCCUGUAUGUAAAGUGAAGACUUGUGGCUCUAAUCUUCAAGGACCAAGUGGUACCUUUACGUCUCCCAAUUUCCCAUUCCAGUAUGACAGCAAUGCACAAUGCGUCUGGGUCAUCACAGCAGUGAAUACAAAUAAGGUUAUCCAAAUAAAUUUUGAAGAAUUUGAUCUAGAGAUUGGCUAUGAUACCUUGACAAUUGGUGAUGGAGGUGAAGUUGGGGACCCUAGAACAGUGCUCCAAGUGUUGACUGGAAGCUUUGUGCCAGACUUGAUAGUGAGCAUGAGUAGCCAAAUGUGGCUGCACCUUCAAACAGAUGAAAGUGUUGGAUCUGUUGGCUUCAAAGUUAACUACAAAGAAAUUGAGAAAGAAAGCUGUGGAGAUCCUGGUACACCCUUAUAUGGAAUUAGAGAAGGAGAUGGAUUUUCUAAUCGUGAUGUUUUAAGAUUUGAGUGCCAGUUUGGGUUUGAAUUAAUUGGAGAGAAAUCCAUUGUUUGUCAAGAGAAUAACCAGUGGUCUGCAAACAUACCCAUCUGCAUCUUUCCUUGCCUCUCUAACUUUACUGCACCGAUGGGAACAGUUCUUUCUCCCGAUUACCCAGAAGGGUAUGGAAAUAAUUUAAAUUGCAUCUGGACAAUCAUCUCCGAUCCCGGGAGCCGCAUCCACCUCUCCUUUAACGACUUUGAUCUGGAAUCCCAGUUUGACUUCCUUGCUGUUAAAGAUGGGGAUUCGCCAGACUCCCCAAUUCUCGGAACCUUUACUGGGGCUGAGGUGCCUUCCCAUCUUACUAGCAAUAGUCAUAUAUUGCGACUGGAAUUUCAAGCUGACCAUUCAAUGUCAGGACGUGGCUUUAAUAUCACUUAUAACACAUUUGGACAUAAUGAGUGUCCGGAUCCUGGAAUACCAAUCAAUGCACGACGGUUUGGGGACAACUUUCAGUUAGGAAGUUCAAUUUCAGUUAUUUGUGAAGAAGGAUUUAUUAAAACCCAGGGAACAGAAACAAUCACAUGUAUUCUUAUGGAUGGAAAAGUGAUGUGGAGUGGACCAAUUCCGAGAUGUGGAGCUCCAUGUGGUGGCCAUUUUUCAGCUCCAAGUGGAGUGAUUCUCUCACCAGGAUGGCCAGGGUACUAUAAAGACUCCUUGAAUUGUGAGUGGGUGAUUGAAGCUGAGCCUGGGCACUCUAUAAAAAUUACAUUUGAAAGAUUUCAGACAGAAUUGAAUUAUGAUGUCCUGGAAGUGCACGAUGGACCAAAUCUUCUGUCACCCUUGCUUGGAUCUUACAAUGGCACACAAGUCCCCCAAUUUCUGUUUAGUAGCAGUAAUUUCAUAUACCUUCUAUUCACAACAGACAACAGCCGCUCAAAUAAUGGUUUCAAGAUUCAUUAUGAAAGUGUUUUAGUGAACACGUAUUCUUGCUUGGAUCCUGGCAUACCGGUGCACGGCCGGCGCUACGGUCAUGACUUCUCCAUUGGGUCUACUGUUUCAUUUAGCUGUGAUCCAGGAUAUCGACUGAGCCACGAAGAGCCCCUUCUGUGUGAGAAAAACCACUGGUGGAGUCAUCCACUCCCAACUUGUGAUGCAUUGUGUGGAGGAGAUGUUAGAGGCCCUAGUGGAACAAUCUUAUCGCCUGGCUACCCUGAAUUUUAUCCAAAUUCUCUGAAUUGUACAUGGACUGUUGAUGUAACCCAUGGAAAAGGUGUGCAGUUUACCUUCCACACUUUUCAUUUGGAAGAUCAUCAUGACUACUUACUGAUCACGGAGAACGGCAGUUUUACUCAACCACUGGCACGACUUACUGGUUCAGACCUUCCUUCAACAAUCAAUGCUGGUCUUUAUGGAAAUUUCAGAGCUCAAUUGCGAUUCAUUUCAGAUUUUUCAAUAUCAUAUGAAGGAUUCAACAUUACAUUUUCUGAAUAUAACCUUGAACCUUGUGAAGAUCCUGGAAUUCCUCAAUAUGGUAACAGAAUUGGGUUCAACUUUGGAGUUGGCGACACUCUGACUUUUUCAUGCUCUUCGGGUUAUCGCCUGGAAGGAACAGCAGAGAUCAUCUGUCUUGGUGGUGGCCGACGAGUGUGGAGUGCACCUCUGCCAAGGUGUGUGGCUGAAUGUGGUGCAUCUGCAACCAAUAAUGAAGGGAUUUUGCUCUCUCCAAAUUAUCCACUCAACUACGAAAACAACCAUGAAUGCAUUUAUAGCAUUCAGGUUCAAGCAGGAAAAGGAAUCAAUAUUUCAGCCAGAACAUUUCAUUUAGCACAAGGAGAUGUCCUCAAGAUUUAUGAUGGAAAAGAUAAAACAACUCAUCUGCUGGGGGCUUUUACUGGUGCAUCAAUGAGGGGACUGACACUCAGUAGUACUUCCAAUCAGCUCUGGCUGGAAUUUAAUUCCGAUGCUGAGGGGACAGAUGAAGGCUUUCAACUUGUCUACACCAGUUUUGAACUUUCACAUUGUGAAGACCCUGGCAUUCCACAAUUUGGCUACAAGAUCAGUGACCAAGGCCACUUUGCCGGCAGCACUAUCAUUUAUGGAUGCAAUCCCGGCUACACUCUCCAUGGAAGCAGCCUUCUCAAGUGCAUGACAGGGGAAAGAAGGGCGUGGGACUAUCCUCUGCCUUCCUGUAUUGCUGAAUGUGGAGGUCGUUUUAAAGGAGAAUCAUCAGGAAGAAUCUUAUCUCCCGGUUAUCCCUUUCCGUAUGAUAAUAAUUUGCGUUGCAUGUGGAUGAUUGAGGUAGAUCCAGGUAACAUUGUCAGCCUGCAGUUUCUUGCUUUUGAUACUGAAGCAUCACAUGACAUACUCCGAGUCUGGGAUGGCCCACCAGAAAAUGAGAUGCUGUUAAAGGAAAUUAGUGGCUCUCUUAUUCCUGAAGGAAUCCACAGCACCCUCAACAUCGUAACCAUCCAGUUUGACACCGAUUUUUAUAUCAGCAAAUCUGGAUUUGCAAUUCAGUUUUCAAGUUCCGUUGCCACCGCUUGCCGUGACCCAGGAGUUCCCAUGAAUGGGACCCGCAAUGGGGAUGGAAGAGAACCCGGGGACACUGUUGUUUUUCAGUGUGAUCCAGGAUAUGAGCUUCAAGGAGAGCAAAGAAUAACCUGCAUUCAGGUAGAAAAUCGAUACUUCUGGCAGCCCAGCCCACCAGUCUGUAUAGCACCCUGUGGAGGCAAUUUAACAGGAUCUUCAGGCUUUAUUCUUUCACCAAACUUCCCUCAUCCAUAUCCCCAUAGCAGGGACUGCGACUGGACUGUCACUGUCAACACGGACUAUGUGAUCUCCUUGGCAUUUAUCAGUUUUAGCAUUGAACCAAACUAUGACUUCCUCUAUAUAUAUGAUGGACCGGACAGUAAUAGCCCACUGAUUGGAAGUUUUCAAGACAGCAAAUUACCAGAGAGAAUAGAAAGCAGUUCAAAUACCAUGCAUCUGGCUUUUCGGAGUGAUGGAUCUGUUAGCUACACUGGAUUUCAUCUAGAAUACAAAGCAAAACUCCGAGAGUCCUGCUUUGAUCCUGGCAAUAUAAUGAAUGGUACCAGACUUGGAAUGGAUUAUAAAUUAGGGUCAACAGUGACCUAUUAUUGUGAUGCAGGCUACGUCCUUCAGGGUUAUUCAACACUCACCUGUAUUAUGGGAGAUGAUGGAAGACCUGGAUGGAAUAGAGCCCUACCAAGUUGUCAUGCACCCUGUGGGAGUCGUUCAACAGGUUCUGAAGGCACUGUUUUAUCACCAAACUAUCCAAAAAAUUAUAGUGUGGGACAUAAUUGUGUUUAUUCUAUAGCAGUUCCCAAAGAGUUUGUGGUGUUUGGCCAGUUUGUGUUUUUCCAGACAUCACUCCACGAUGUUGUUGAGGUGUAUGAUGGGCCAGCUCAGCAAUCUUCUCUGUUAUCUUCCCUCUCAGGAUCCCAUUCAGGAGAAUCACUUCCACUGAGUUCAGGUAAUCAGAUCACAAUUCGAUUUACUUCAGUUGGACCAAUAACAGCUAAGGGAUUUCACUUUGUUUAUCAAGCUGUUCCUAGAACAAGUUCUACACAAUGCAGUUCUGUGCCUGAACCCAGAUUCGGAAGAAGGAUUGGCAAUGAAUUUGCAGUUGGUUCCUUGGUUCUUUUUGAAUGUAACCCAGGCUAUGUUCUCCAUGGAUCCAUAGCAAUUAGAUGCGACACAGUGCCCAAUUCUUUGGCCCAGUGGAAUGAUUCCUUACCUACUUGUAUUGUGCCCUGUGGUGGAAUUUUAACUAAGCGCAAAGGGACUAUUUUGUCUCCUGGAUAUCCUGAGCCUUAUGACAACAAUCUCAAUUGCAUAUGGAAGAUCACGGUGCCAGAGGGAGCUGGCAUUCAAGUGCAAGUUGUCAGUUUUGCUACAGAACAUAAUUGGGAUUCACUGGACUUUUAUGAUGGGGGUGACAACAAUGCUCCAAGACUUGGAAGUUAUUCAGGCACAACAAUACCCCAUCUUUUGAACAGUACAUCUAACAAUCUAUAUCUAAAUUUUCAAUCAGAUAUCAGUGUUUCUGCUGCAGGAUUUCACCUGGAAUACACAGCAAUUGGUUUGGAUUCCUGUCCUGAACCACAAACUCCUAGCAGUGGAAUUAAAGUAGGAGACAGAUAUAUGGUUGGUGAUGUGGUAUCCUUUCAAUGUGACCAAGGAUAUUCACUUCAGGGUCAUUCUCAUAUAACAUGUAUGCCAGGCCCUGUAAGAAGAUGGAAUUAUCCAAUUCCAAUUUGUUUGGCUCAGUGUGGUGGUGCUAUGUCAGAUUUCAGUGGGGUGAUCCUCAGUCCUGGGUUUCCUGGAAACUACCCCAGCAGUUUAGAUUGCACAUGGACAAUAAAACUGCCCAUAGGCUUUGGAGUGCAUCUUCAGUUCGUAAAUUUUUCUACAGAAACCAUACAUGAUUAUUUGGAAGUAAGAAGUGGAUCCUCAGAAACUAGUACAGUUAUUGGCCGGCUUAGUGGUCCUCAAAUACCUUCUUCUAUAUUUAGCACAACCCAUGAAACCAGCUUGUAUUUUCACAGUGACUAUUCGCAAAACAAACAAGGAUUUCACAUUGUAUACCAAGCCUAUCAGUUACAAAGCUGUCCUGAUCCACGCCCAUUUAGAAAUGGUUUUGUCAUUGGCAAUGAUUUCACUGUGGGUCAAACCAUUUCAUUUGAAUGUUUCCCUGGAUACACUUUAAUUGGAAAUUCAGCUCUCACUUGCCUUCACGGAGUCAGUCGUAACUGGAAUCAUCCACUUCCAAGGUGUGAAGCUCUUUGUGGUGGGAAUAUAACUGCAAUGAAUGGCACCAUUUACUCACCUGGAUAUCCUGAUGAGUAUCCAAAUUUUCAAGACUGUUUUUGGCUUGUGAGAGUACCCCCAGGGAACGGAAUCUACAUCAAUUUUACAGUCCUUCAAACAGAACCAAUCUAUGAUUUCAUUAAUGUAUGGGAUGGACCAGACCAAAACUCGCCUCAGAUUGGUCAGUUCAGUGGCAAUACAGCUUUGGAAUCAGUGUAUAGCACUUCAAAUCAGAUUCUGAUCAAAUUCCACAGUGAUUUCACAACAAGUGGCUUUUUUGUGCUCAGUUAUCACGCUUAUCAACUAAGAGUCUGCCAACCUCCACCACCUGUACCAAACGCUGAAAUUUUGACAGAAGAUGAUGAAUUUGAAAUAGGUAAAAUAGUGUUAUCAAAUAAGAGCUUAUGCUUUGGCCUCACUUACGGCCUGGACAUCCAUGAAAAACUGGAAGUGCUUUGCCCUGCCAAUGAAUUACGGCUAGAUUCGACAGGAGUCAUAUUGAGCCCUGGUUAUCCUGACAGUUACCCAAAUCUUCAAAUGUGUGCAUGGAGCAUUUCAGUGGAAAAGGGAUAUAACAUCAGCAUGUUUGUAGAAUUCUUCCAGACAGAAAAGGAAUUUGAUGUUCUUCAGGUGUAUGAUGGACCGAAUAUUCAAAGUCCAGUGCUCAUAUCCCUCAGUGGAGACUAUUCAUCUGCCUUUAAUAUAACAAGCAAUGGUCAUGAAGUAUUUAUUCAAUGGUCAGCAGAUCACGGCAAUAACAAGAAAGGCUUCCGGAUAAGAUAUAUAGCUUUCUACUGUAGUACACCAGAAUCUCCCCCUCAUGGAUACAUUAUCAGUCAGACAGGUGGACAGCUUAACAGUGUGGUCCGUUGGGCCUGUGACCGAGGAUUCCGACUUGUUGGGAAAAAUAGUGCUGUGUGCAGAAAGUCUCCUUAUGGAUAUCAUGUAUGGGAUGCGCCUGUUCCUGCCUGUCAAGCAAUUUCCUGUGGGAUACCUAAAGCUCCAACAAAUGGCGGGAUCCUCACAACAGACUACUUGGUAGGAACCCGAGUUACCUAUUUUUGUAAUGAUGGAUAUAGAUUGUCAUCCAAGGAGCUCACCACUGCCAUAUGUCAGUCAGACGGAACAUGGAGCAAUCAUAACAAGACCCCUCGCUGUGUUGUUGUUACAUGUCCAAGCAUCAAUUCCUUUACCUUGGAACAUGGAAGAUGGCGAAUUGUGAAUGGUUCCCAUUAUGAAUACAAAACCAAGGUAGUUUUUAGUUGUGAUCCUGGUUAUCAUGGAUUAGGCCCUGCUUCUAUUGAGUGCCUUCCUAAUGGUACCUGGAGUUGGAGAAAUGAAAGACCAUAUUGCCAAAUUAUUUCCUGUGGGGAACUCCCUACACCAACAAACGGAAAUAAGAUUGGGACUCAAACUUCUUACGGCUCCACCGCUAUCUUCACCUGCGAUGCGGGGUUCAUGCUUGUGGGCUCUGCUGUCCGGGAAUGCCUUUCCUCAGGUCUCUGGAGUGGAUCUGAAACCCGAUGCCUAGCUGGUCACUGUGGAAUUCCAGAACUCAUUGUUAAUGGUCAAGUUAUUGGAGAAAAUUAUGGAUACCGGGAUACUGUUGUUUAUCAGUGUAAUCCUGGUUUUCGAUUGAUUGGUUCUUCAGUGCGAAUUUGUCAACAGGAUCACAAUUGGUCUGGUCAACUCCCAUCCUGUGUGCCUGUUAGCUGUGGUCAUCCCGGUAGUCCAAUUUAUGGAAGAACAAGUGGAAAUGGAUUCAACUUUAAUGAUGUGGUAACAUUCUCUUGCAAUAUUGGAUAUCUUAUGCAAGGGCCCACAAAGGCACAGUGCCAAGCCAAUAGACAGUGGAGUCACCCUCCACCUGUGUGCAAAGUGGUCAACUGUUCUGACCCUGGAAUUCCAGCCAAUUCCAAAAGAGAAAGUAAAAUAGAACAUGGCAAUUUCACCUACGGCACUGUGGUAUUCUAUGACUGCAAUCCUGGAUACUUUUUAUUUGGAUCUUCAGUUUUGAUAUGUCAACCAAAUGGACAAUGGGACAAGCCUCUACCAGAAUGUAUCAUGAUUGACUGUGGACACCCUGGCGUUCCUCCUAAUGCAGUCCUGUCUGGAGAAAAGUAUACAGUUGGGUCUACUGUUCACUAUUCCUGCGCAGGAAAGCGGACCCUUGUAGGCCAGUCAUCAAGGACUUGCCAGUUAAAUGGCCAUUGGAGUGGAUCACAACCUCAUUGCUCAGGUGAUGCUACUGGUACUUGUGGUGAUCCGGGUACUCCCGGUCAUGGUUCUAGACAGGAAAGUGAUUUCAGAACUAAAAGUACUGUGCGUUUUGCUUGUGAUAUUGGUUAUAUCCUUCAUGGCUCAGAAGAAAGAACAUGUUUAGCGAAUGGCAGUUGGACGGGAAGGCAACCAGAAUGCAAAGAUGCCACAUUAACCAUCUGCUCUUCUCAUCCAAUACUGAUAGUAAUCAGUUGUGGAGACCCAGGUAUACCAGCCAAUGGACUAAGAUAUGGAGAUGAUUAUGUGGUUGGACAAAAUGUUUCUUACAUGUGCCAGCCAGGCUAUACAAUGGAAUUGAAUGGUUCCAGAAUCAGGACUUGUACAACUAAUGGCACAUGGAGUGGAGUACUGCCAACUUGCAGAGCUGUUACCUGCCCAACUCCUCCCCAGAUCUCUAAUGGAAGGUUGGAAGGAACAAAUUUCGACUGGGGCUUUAGUAUUAGCUACAUCUGUUCUCCAGGCUAUGAACUAUCUUUUCCUGCUGUUUUGACCUGUGUAGGGAAUGGAACAUGGAGUGGGGAAGUACCACAAUGCUUACCAAAGUUUUGUGGUGACCCUGGUAUACCUGCCCAAGGAAGAAGGGAAGGGAAAAGCUUUAUCUACCAGUCUGAGGUUUCAUUCAGCUGCAAUUCUCCUUUCAUAUUGGUGGGAUCAAGCACCAAAAUAUGUCAAGCAGAUGGCACUUGGAGUGGUUCGUCUCCUCACUGCAUAGAACCCACCCGUACUUCAUGUGAUAACCCAGGAGUGCCACGGCAUGGGUCUCAGAACAAUACAUUUGGAUUUCAAGUCGGAAGUGUUGUACAGUUUCAUUGUAAAAAAGGACAUCUUCUCCAAGGCUCUACAACACGCACUUGUCUUCCUGACCUCUCAUGGAGUGGAAUUCAGCCUGAAUGCAUACCCCAUAGCUGUAAACAGCCAGAAACACCUUCUCAUGCAAAUGUAGUAGGAAUGGACCUUCCAUCUCAUGGGUAUACACUAAUUUACACCUGCCAGCAUGGCUUCUUCUUAGCAGGUGGAACAGAACAUAGAGUGUGUAGAUCUGAUAAUACUUGGUCUGGAAAAGUUCCCAUUUGUGAAGCUGGUUCUAAAAUAUUGGUGAAAGAUCCCAGACCUGCAUUAGGAACACCCAGCCCAAAGCUAAGUGUUCCUGAUGAUGUGUUUGCCCAAAAUUACAUAUGGAAAGGCUCUUACAAUUUCAAAGGAAGGAAACAACCCAUGACCUUGACAGUUACUAGUUUCAAUGCUUCCACUGGGAUUGUUAAUGCAACACUCAGCAACAGCAACAUGGAACUGCUUCUUUCAGGGGUAUACAAAAGCCAGGAAGCUCGCCUAAUGCUCCACAUCUAUCUUGUUAAAGUACCAGGUCAUGCUUCUGUCAAGAAAAUGAAGGAGGAAAAUUGGGCCAUGGAUGGCUUUGUUUCUGCUGAACCUGAUGGAGCUACUUACGUAUUUCAAGGAUUUAUUCAGGGCAAGGAUUACGGGCAAUUUGGAUUACAAAGACUAGGACUGAAUAUGUCAGAAGGUUCGAAUUCUUCGAAUCAACCUCAUGGUACAAAUAGUAGUUCUGUGGCUAUUGCUAUUCUUGUGCCUUUUUUUGCACUUAUAUUUGCAGGAUUUGGAUUUUAUCUGUACAAACAAAGGACUGCACCUAAAACACAGUAUACAGGGUGUUCAGUGCAUGAAAAUAACAAUGGCCAAGCAGCAUUUGAAAAUCCCAUGUAUGACACCAGUGCGAAGUCAGUGGAAGGAAAGGCAGUACGAUUCGAUCCCAACUUAAACACGGUCUGCACAAUGGUAUAA